AUGAGCUUCCAGCAACUAGAGGAUUGGGUGGCCGCAGAGUGCGGGGAGGAGCACAGGAAGCGAGCGAAGGUGCUGUGGAAGUGGCUGUAUCGAGAUGCGCAUUGGGCUGAGAGCGUCGAUGACAUGGCAGGGGUCAGUCGCUCCUUCCUCUCCCUCCUCGCCUCCUCGGGUGCUCGCUUCUCCUCCCUGCGCCUCCACUCCGUUCGAACAGCCGCCGACGGCACAAAGAAGGUGCUGUUUGAGCUGAGCCGCGAUGCUGACCUGCGUCCUUCUGACCGUCCUAAGAGACUGGGAGUGGUGGAGACUCGCAACCUGACAGCAGGGGAGAUCGUGGAUCAGGUGGUUCAGAUUCGCCGACUCUUCACAGAGGAAGUCGGUCCCGUCACCAACCUUGUAUUCAUGGGAAUGGGCGAGCCUCUACACAACCUGCCUGCAGUCCUCACAGCAUGCAACACCCUCCUGGACCCUCUAGGCGCUCACUGCUCGCCUGCUCGCACCACCGUGUCCACCUGUGGGCUUGUGCCUGAAAUGGUGGAAUUUUGUUCCCACUCCCAAGCUAGUCUCGCCCUCAGCCUACACGCCACCACCGACGAGGUGCGCAGCAGCAUCAUGCCAAUCAACAAGAAGCACAACCUCAGCAGCCUCUUCGCCUGCCUGAGACAGCUUUUCCCAUCGCCAACAGCACAGACUGCAGGGGAUACGGGUGAGGGAGGUGACGGGAGGGGCCACCAGGACGGAGAAAGCGGUGCGGGUUUUCAGCAGCAGACCAAGAAACGCCAUGUGUUCAUCGAGUACCUCAUGCUGGAUGGAGUCAAUGACAGUAUGGACGAUGCACAUAGGCUUGUAACCCUAACAGAGGGCAUAGCAUGCAAGAUCAACCUGAUAGUCUUCAACCCGCACCCGGGAACCGCACUGCAACCAUCCCCACUCCCCCGCGUGCUGGCCUUCCAGCAUGAGCUCGUGCAAGGGGGCAGAAAAGCGUAUCUGCGGCACAGCCGAGGAGACGAUGAGAUGGCAGCGUGUGGGCAGCUGGGGCAGGUGCCUCGGCUAACAGGGGAGAAACAGGCAAAGGCGGCUUCUGUAGUGUAG